AAGAAUCGAACACGGAUUGUCAAGACUGUUCAUAACGGAGGAAAUACUACCACUUACUAUUUUUCGACUUUGCUAUAUACAUAAUAUAUUCUUGCUAAUAUUGUGAAGCUUUAUCAUGUCGUAUGUGUCGUUCGCGGCAAGCUACUCGCCUGGAGAAGGCAAAACAGUUCGAAAUCUCAAUGACAAGGUAGAAGGGUAUCGCAAGGAGAUUGCCCCAAGUCGCGAAAACGUUGACUUCGAUCACUUGCGAAGAACACCUAGAGAUCCUUUACCGGAGAACGACUAUCAGGCGACGAGCAGUACUGGAUUAUCGAGUGGGGAAGUAAAACCCUACCAGUACCGCGACUAUCACCAACAUCAGAAGCACGAGUAUUACGGCGAAGGAGUGAACGACGGUGUAUCUGAAGACAACGUUGAAGACAAAAUGAGAAAAUACGAAAUGCAGGUUCGUGUUCCAACAAGUGGUGCACCACCAGUUCGCGCAGAUGCCAAUGGAACAGAUCAAGACGAGUUCAAUAAUGAGACACUGUACUUUGAAAGAUCACGCAUUCGGACACUGCAGGACGAACGUGUGCACAUUCAGAAGAAGACGUUCACAAAAUGGUGCAACUCCUUUCUUAAUCGGGCAAGUUUGGAGAUUGUUGACCUUUUCGAAGAUGUCGGCGAUGGUAUUAUGCUCAUGAAACUUCUUGAAAUCAUUUCCGGAGACAAACUCGGAAAACCGAAUCGUGGCCGAAUGCGUGUGCAGAAAGUGGAAAAUUUGAACAAAGUUCUUGACUUCUUGAAGAAAAAGAAAAUCCAAUUGGAAAAUAUUGGAGCCGAAGACAUUCUUGACAGAAACGAGCGACUUAUUUUGGGUCUCAUCUGGACGAUUAUCCUCCGAUUCCAGAUUGACACUAUUGUCAUUGAAGAUGAGGAGGAGCGUGGAGAGCGAAAACAUGCCAAAGAUGCCUUGCUGUUGUGGUGUCAGAGAAAAACAGCUGGAUAUCCAAAUGUUCGCAUCGAAAACUUCACUACAAGUUGGCGCAAUGGAUUGGCUUUCAAUGCACUUAUCCAUUCGCACCGUCCGGAUCUUGUCGAUUUCAAUCGUCUCAAUCCAAACGAGCAUGUGGAUAAUCUGAAUCAUGCGUUUGAUGUGGCUGAAAAGAAGCUUGAGAUUGCACGUCUUCUUGAUGCUGAAGAUGUUGACGUUACCAGGCCUGACGAGAAGUCAAUCAUUACAUAUGUUUCCUUGUACUAUCAUCAUUUUGCAAAGCAAAAGACUGAGAUGACAGGAGCUCGACGUAUUGCUAAUAUUGUCGGAAAACUUAUGGUUUCGGAAACCAUGGAAGAUGAUUAUGAACAUAUUGCUUCUGAGCUUCUCAAUUGGAUUCGUGUUACUAUCAAGACAUUGGAAUCACGUCGUUUCCCAAACUCUCUUAAUGGAAUGCGCGAGGAACAUGCCAAAUUCAACCAAUUCCGAACAAGUGAGAAACCACCAAAGUACAAGGAGAAGGGAGAACUCGAAGCUCUGUUCUUCACAAUCCAGACUAAAAGAAAAGCGAUGAGCAGAAAACAAUAUCAACCACCACAAGGACUGUUCAUGCACGAUAUCGAGUCUGCUUGGGCACAAUUGGAUUAUGCCGAAAAUGAGAGACAAGUUGCUAUCAUUGCCGAGCUUCAAAGACAGGAAAAGUUGGAACAACUUGCUCAACGAUUCCACAAGAAGGCCAAGUUGAGAGACAGUUGGCUCAGAUCAGUUCAAGUGGUUCUUGAAGAGAUGGAACACGGUCGCAGUGCAUCACAGGUUGAAAAGACGUUGAAGAAGCAACAAGCAAUUUCCACUGAUAUUUUGGCUCGUGAAGAUCGCUUCAAGAUGUUGACAGCAAUGUGCAAUGAGUUGUGUACUGAAAAGUACCACGAAUCUGACAAGGUUCGAGGAAUGGAACGAGAAAUUAUUGACCGAUGGACUCAGUUGCUGACUUUAUUGGAACAACGUAAGAGAGCUCUCAUGAGUCUGAAUGAUCUGAUGUCGUUGCUUCGUGAUAUCGACACCCUUUCAAAUGAGCUUUAUUCUUUGGAACCAGCUGUCAGGAACCGUGAUGUUGGAAAACAUUUGAUUGGUGUUGAAGAUCUUCUUGGAAAACAUGAUCUUCUUGAUGCUCAAAUCAAUGCUCAUGGAAGUCUUCUUUCCAAACUAUCUCAAUCUGCCAACAACUACAUUCGGCACAAGGAAGAGCAAUUUGAUGUAUUGCAAAGAAAACUGGAUGAAGUCACUGCUCAGUACAAUACUCUCGUUGAGUUGUGCCGUUCUCGUCGUCUCGGUUUGGAACGUGCUCGUUCACUCUUCCAGUUUGUACAAGAUCACGAAGAAGAGAUGGCUUGGCUUGCAGAAAAAGAGAAACUCUGCACAACUGCAUUGAACUCAGGAGACAUCUCAGCUGUUCCACAAACUACUCUUCUUUACAAAAACGUUGAGAUGGAAAUGCAAACUCAUUGGGCUCGAAGCAAAGGAAUGAUUGCUGGUGGAGAGAGACUUGUUCAGAAUGGACAGUCAAAAGAAGACAUCCAACGCAGACUGACUCAAAUGAACCACAGAUGGGAACGCCUUAGGGUUGCUGUUGAUGCUCUCGGAAACUGGUUGUCAGAAGCUCGUCAUGCUCAACAAUACUUCCAAGAUGCCAAUGAAGCCGAAUCAUGGAUCCGUGAGAAAAUGCCGCUUGUCAAGUCUGACGAUUUGGGACGUGAUGAAGGUGCUGCAGAGUCACUUCUUCAACGACAUGCUCGACUCGAGGAAGAGAUCCGUGCUUAUAAGAGUGACAUCAGUCGACUCGAGGAGAUGCAAAGUCAGCUAGCAAACAGUGCGUUCCACACUGCUACUACCAGUCAAUCCGUACAAGAAACUGAAGAAGUCAAUGUCCCACAAGUUGAGAUGUCGUACAACUAUGAAGGAAAUGGAAUGCGUGUUUCUAAGGGAGAAGUGUUGGCCCUUCUUGAAAAAUCAACCCCUGAAUGGUGGAGAGCUUUGAAACGAGAUGGAACAGAAGGUUACGUUCCCGCUAACUAUUGUAAGAUCGUUCCUGGAGAGACUGUAACUGUCACGCAGACCACUCAAAAAACGACAACUACUUUGGAAGGUAAUGAGACAAAAAGCUCAGUCGUCGCCGAUAGACAGCAUAAAAUCUCCAAUGAUUAUCGUGAGCUGAAGAGGUUGGCUGAUGUAAGAAGACGUCUUUUAUCUGACAACAUCAAACUUCUUCGAUUCUACCGCGAGUGUGAUGAAUUUGAACGUUGGGCAAAAGAGAUUGAAGUUUCAUUGGCUGAUGAACCAUCUCCGGAACAUGUUGCUGCAUUCCGCCGCAAAUUUGACAAGCUUGAGGCUGAUAUGAAAACCAAUGGUGGAACUCAAUUGAAACAUAUCAACGAUAUUGCCAACGAUCUGAUUUCCGAAGGUCAUGGUCAGUCUAGAAAAAUCGAAGUUCGUCAACAUAAGAUCAAUGCCAUGUGGGACAAUUUGGAGAGGCUCAGAAAACAACGAGGUGUCCGCUUGGAAGCUACUGAACGUGUUGCUGACUUUGAUACCACGUGUGAAAGUGCUCGUGAAUGGAUGCUCAGCAAGUUUGAACAGCUUGAUCGUAAUCCAAAUGAUGUGAAGAGUCUUCAAAAUUUGGAGCGUGAUUUGAAACCACUCGAAGAUAAAAUCGCUGCUCUGGAAAAAUUAGCUGCUGCCGUGAAGAAAGAUCAUCCGGAAGAAGCGGCUGCCAUCGAAAGAAAAAUUGCUGAAUUAAGAGCACUUCAUGCUGACUUAUUGAGACGUGCUCAGGAGAAAAUGUUACUUGCGGAACAAACACAAGGCAAGGAAAUGUUCGAAUCUGCUCUUCGUGAUAUGAUCGGAUGGAUCGAGAAAACUCGGAAAGUAAUGAUGGAGGAUGUUCAUCCAGUUGAUGUUGCUGAAGCAGAAGAACUUCUCAAAAAGCAUUAUGAACUUGGAGAACAGAUUAAGGAUAAGAAGUAUGAAGUGGAGUACUGUCAGGAACUUGGACGUCGUCUUCUAGAACGCAAUCCACGAAUGUCGAAAGUUGAGGAACAACUGCAGAACCUUGUAUCAGAGAUGGCUUCUUUGCGUGAUUUGUAUCGCCGCCGUGAUACUAUUUUGAAGCAACAGUUAGAUCUACAACUCUUCAAUCGCGAAUCCGAACGUAUUGAUGCUGCAACUAAAGGACAUGAAGCCUUCCUGGAAUUUGACAAUCUCGGUGAUUCAGUGGAAUCUGUGGAAAACUUGCUCAAACGACAUCGAGAUUUGGAGGCAAAACUUGAUGCUCAAGAGGCUAGACUCGAAGCAUUCUCCCGUACUGCCGAUGAUAUGAUCAAAGCUCAACACGCUGACUCUGCCUAUAUCGAGCAACGCCGAAGAGAUGUUCUAGCUAGAAGAGAAGCUGUUCGUCGUGCUGCAGCGCAACGCAAGAAACAAUUGGAAGCUUCUCUCGAAUACCAAGAGAUGCGUCGUGAAGCGGAUGAAGUUGUUGGAUGGAUGUACGAGAAGGCGAAACUUGUGAUGAGCGGAGAUGAUUCAGCAUUGGCUCCGUCGGCUAUUCCUCAUCGACUCCUGAAACAUGAAGCUUUCGAAGCUGAAAUCAUUGCUAAUGAACCACGAAUUCAGCAAAUCAACAGUGAAGGAGAUGGUUUGGUGUCUAAAAAACACUACGAGUCACCAAAUGUCGAAAAAAUUGUUCGGCAAGUCAAUGCUCAAUGGGGUGAUUUGAAGAAACAAGUUUGGAACAAGGGACUUCGCCUUCGUCAAGCCGCUGAUCAAAAAGGACUUGAUAGAAUCCUUGAAGAUGCACACGCUAAGCUAGAUGAGAUGCAAACUGCUCUGAACUCCAAAGAUCAAGGGCUUGACUUGCGAUCGGUUAAAGAUUUACUCCAAAAGCACGCUGUACUCGAGCAGGAAAUGGGACUUUACGGAAAUAAGCUUUCUGAUAUUGAGAAUCGUGGAAAGAAGAUGGCUGUAGAUGGGCAUUACGAUGCUGAUAGAAUUCAUUCAACAGUUGGUCAACUUCUUCAACGAUAUGCUGCAAUGAAGGGUCCAGCACAGCGGAGAAAGGGAGAUCUUGACGAAUCUCGUCUUUGGCAUCAACUAGUUUUUGAUGUUGACUGCGAAUUACAAUGGAUUGCUGAGAAGAAGCCAAUUGCUUCAUCUCAAGAUUGCGGUCGCACGCUUACCGAAGCUUUGAACAUGGUCAAGAAGCAGGAGCAAUUAGAGGCUGAAGUCAACCAACAUGGCGGACAGAUUGAUAAAGUUCUUCUGCAAGCGGGUGAACUGAUCAAGAGACACCAUUCUGCCUCAUCCCAAAUCAAAGCUAAAAGCUCUGAACUUGAAACAGCUUGGAGUGAAUUGAAGAAGCUUCUACGCUUGAGACGUGCCGUUGUUGACUGGGGAGUGAAGGAACAACAGUACUUAUUUGAUGCUGCUGAAGUCGAAUCAUGGAUGAACGAGAAGCGAAAUGCAUUGGCAUCGGAAGAUUAUGGAAAUGAUGAAGAUGCUGCACGUAAACUUCUGUCGAAACAUCGAGCUCUUUGUGAAGAUAUGACUACUUACCGUCAAUGGCUUGAGAAGUUGGAAGUAAAGUGUGUCGAACUCGUUGAAUCAAAUCGUCCACAUGUUGAACGGUUCCAGAAGAGACAAGAUGAACUCGUUCGUGAAUUUGAUGCUUUGAGCAAGCUAGCUGAAGAUCGUCGCAACGCUUUGGAAGAUGCCGUUUGUCUGUACGAGUACAUGAGGGAAUCUGCUGACUUGGGUCAAUCCAUCGAAGAAAAUUUGCGAGUAGCUAUGAGUGAGGAGUUUGCUGAGGAUUAUGAACACUUGAAGGAGCUGCAAUCGAAAUUCGAUGAGUUCAAGCAAAAAGUCAAAAAUGGAAGUGAACGAUUUACAUCUUGUGAGACUGCUGCCAAUGCUAUUCUCCGACGCAAUCCACCUUUCGCAAGAGAUGUUGUCAAGAAGCAGGAAGCACUCAGAACCGCAUGGAACACACUGUGUGAAUACAUCGAAGCACGUGAUUCGAAACUUGCCGUUGCUGAAGAGCUUCAUCGAUUCCACCGUGACGUUGACGAGUUUGAGCAAUGGAUGGCAGACAAAAUGGCCAACAUGCCACGUGACCUCGGUCGAGAUGUGAAACAUGUUCAUUCUCUAUGGCAACAUCAUGAAGCUUUGGAUAAAGAAAUUCAUAAUUCUCAACCACGAUUGGCAAAGCUCGUCGAGGAGGCUGAAAGAUUGAAGAAAACAUACCCAGGUGGAAACGCAGAACAGAUUGGUGGAAGACAACAGACGCUUGAGCAAGAAUGGGAGGAGUUGAAAAAUGCCACAGAUGACAGAAAGGAUAUGCUGAGAGCAGCAUUUGACUUGCAUACUUUCAAUGGAAAAGUUCGCGAUUUGCUUGCAUGGACUGAUUUGACCAUCAGUGAUAUUCAAUCAGAUCUUCAUAUCAAUGAUCUACAACAGGCUGAAUGGCUUCAGACAGAGCACUCAAGAUUGAGUCAUGAAAUGGAUGCUAGAGAGCCAGAGUUUGCACGACUUGUCAAUGACGGAGAAAAGAUGAUCACUGCUCAACAUUACGCGUCGGAAGAGAUUAAGAACAAAACACACCUGCUCAAAUCAGCUCUGGAAAGACUUCGAAGUGAAUGGGCUCUCAGAAAUGGAUUCUUGUCACAAGCCGUUCAAUGGCAUGCCUUCCAACGUGAAGCUAAGCAAAUUAUUGCAUCGAUUGGUUCCAAGAGAACAACUCUUCGCAGUUUAGCGGUUGGUGGAUCUGUUGCUGACGUUGAGAGUCAGACAAAGAGACUUGAUACAUUCGAGAAGGCAUUAUCAACUUUGGAUGAACGUACUGCUACUUUGGAUCAUACUGCAAAUGAAUUGAUGAAGGCUCGUCACAUGGAAUCGAAGAAUAUUUCAAUGUGGCAAUCCAACGUUCACGAAGAGCUGAAACUUCUACGUCAAGACAUCGAAGCUAGACAUGCGAUGCUCAAAGACGCUUUUGCUCUUGCUUCAUUCGAUAGCGAUGUUGCACAGAUUGAGGCAUGGAUCGAUGAGAAAACCAAUGGAGUUCGUAAAGCUCAAGAUCUAUCCAGUGAAAGUAUUUCAAUUGACGAAAAGAUGAAGAGACUACAAACACAUCAAGCUCUGGAAGCUGAAGUUACUGCAAAUAAACCAGUUGUCGAUCAAAUCCUUCAACGCGGAAACCAAUUGAAAAAUCUUCAUCGUAAUCCAAAGAUUGCGAAUCGUUGUGACGAACUUAGCUAUAAAUGGAAUCAACUUUCUGGUGCAUGUGCAGAUCAAUCAUUGGCUCUCGAAGAAGCAAGAGAUCUUCUUCGUUUUAAACAACUUGUUGAGAAUGUUCUUGCAUGGAUCAAUGAGAAGGAAGUUCUCGUUUCAACUGCUGAUAUGGGAAAAGACAUGGAACACUGCCGACUUUUGCUCGAACGCCUGGAUGGAACUCGAUCGGAUUCUAUUGUGGAUGAGCAGACUCUUGAUGAAAUCAAUCGUCUGGGAGAGAAACUUGUGAAACAGGGAAGAUCGAGUCGCGACCAAGUCCAAAAAGAGCAACAACAUCUGAAUGAAAAAUGGCGUCUCCUACUCGGACAGCUGGCGCACUAUCGUACUGAACUUCUCGCUGCAAUGGAAGUCCAUACUUUCAACAGAGAUGUAGAAGAUACCGAUGAACGUAUCCACGAAAAGGUUGCAGCAAUGAAGAGUGAUGAUUAUGGAAAGGACUUUGCUAGCGUUGAAUUGCUUGUUCGCAAACAAUCGGCAUUAGAAAGAGACAUGAGUGCAAUCCAUCAGAAACUUAUUGCUCAUGACAAGGAUGCUCAAAAGAUUCUUGAGAAGAGACCACCACUCCGUGAAACUGUGCUUGAUUCUUUGAAGAAAUUAGAAGAGAGCUGGGAGCAAUUGUCUAAAGCUGCCGAGUUGAGAAAUGAAAAAUUGAACCGUUCCUUCAAGCUUUACAAGUAUCUCGAUGAUGUUAAGAAAGUGGAGCAAUGGGCUAAUCAAGUUCGAAACAAGAUGACGUCUCAUCAGACACCAAAAGACAGCAAUGGAGCUCGAAAGAUUCUUGAGCAGCAUCACGAACGUAAAGCCGAGAUCGAUGGAAGAUCAGAGGAGUUGCGCCUAUUGCAUGAAGAAGGACAAGCUUUGAACCAAGAACAACCUGAACACAAGGCUGAAGUACAAAGAGCUCAUAAACGUGUGCAAAACUCGGAACAUCAGUUGAGACAAACUUGGGAAAGUGAGAAAGGAACAUUGCAAAAACUUCUGGAAUGGAUGCUUUGGUGCGAUGAAGCCGUUCAAUGUGAGCAGUGGCUGUCUGAUAAGGAGACUCAAGUGGCUCGUGGAGAACUUGGCGACACUACUGAUGCAGUUGAAAUGCUUAUCAAGGGACAUUCUGCAUUUGAGGAGACUGUUCGUAAGCAGAGUGAAAAGAUCGAUGCUCUUACCAAGAAUGCUGAUGCUCUUGUCUCUGGAGGUAAUAACUAUCGUGCUGACAUUGUUACUCGCAGCGAAGAGGUGACCGCUAGACAUGCACUUCUUCUCAAAAGUAUGGAAAAGAGAGGCCACAUGCUCGAAGAUUCCAAGAAGUACCAUGAAUUCAUUCGCCAGUGCGGAGAACUUAUCAUUUGGAUCACUGCCAAGUUGCAACUUGCUUAUGAUGAAAGCUUCUUGGAUCAUACCAACUUGAGAUCUAAACUUCAAAAGCAUAUGGCUUUCGAUUCGGAGCUCGUCGAAAACGAGAAACGCCUAUCGACUGUUGAAAGACAAGGAGAACAACUGGUGACUGAUAAUCAUUUUAUGAGUGAGCAAGUGAAAGCUCAGUUGGUUGAAUUGCGGUCUGGAUGGGAUGAACUCAGGACAAAAUCAGCCUUGAAGACACAACGACUCCGAGAGGCAUUUGAACUUCAUUCACUUCAGCGCAAAGUCGAAGAUAUUGAGAAAUGGCUCGAUAAGGUUGAAGGAGAGCUGUCUUCUGAUGAUCAUGGUCGAGACAUUCUAUCAACAGAACUUCUCAUCAAAAAAUUGGACACUCUUCAAACUGAAAUUGCUGGACGUUCUGAUGCCGUUGUUGAAAUGAUGAAAAAGGCUCGAGAAUUAAGAGUUCAAGGAUCAGCUGCUGCAGACGACUGUCUUAAACAGGCUGAACAAGUUGAAGCCAGAUAUUCCGGACUUGACGAGCCAGUUCAAAUUCGCCGUGAAAACCUUGUUGAUGCUCAAGCAUUCUUCCAAUGGGUAAAAGCUGCAGAAGAAGAUCUUGAGUGGCUUUCCGACAGGAUGAUGCUGGCAAGCAGUGGUGAAUCCGGAGACUCGCUGCAAAGUGCUCUUUCUCUUCAAAAGAAACAUGCUACAUUGGAGAAGGAACUCGACACUCGUCAAUCUGCUAUGAAUGAUACCGAACAGCGUGGAAAGGACAUGAUCCGCCAACGUCACUUUGCUUCUACUCAUAUUCAGAAGAUCCUUGACCGACUUUCUUCUGCAAUGCUAACACUGAAGGAGAGUUGUGGAUUGAGACGUGAUCUUCUACAAGAAGCCAUUGAUGCUCAUGAGUAUUACACCGAGGAAACGGAAGCUGAACAAUGGUUGCGUGAACAGAUGCCACUUGCUAUGAGCCAAGAAAUGGGAAGAGAUCAAGCUGGAGCCGAGAGCCAUUUGAGACGAUUGACUGUGCUUGACAAGGAAGUUGAACUAUUCAAGAACGAGAUUGAUCGCUUGAAGAAGCGUGCGGAUGGACUUCUAGCCAGAGAGCAUCACGAUGCAAUGUCGAUUGCUGCGAAACAACGCAAACUGGAAGCAUUGUUCGGAGACCUCUGCAGAGAAUGUGCCAGACGACGAACUCAAAUUGUUGAUGCUUCCAAAUAUCACAAGUUUGUUAGACAAGCCGAUGAUUUGUCAGACUGGCUACGUGAGAAAGAAAGGUCCGCAUCAGCUGAGGAUUACGGUCAAGAUUUGGAGGAUUGCCAACAAAUUAUUGAGCAGUUCGAAUCUACAGUUCGUGAAUUGGCAGCUGCUGGAGAGCGUGUUGCUGCUGUCCAACGUGCACAAGAAGAUCUUCUACGAAGUGGACAUCCAUAUGGAGCAUCAAUCACUGCAAAAGGCGCUGAUGUUCAGAGACUAUGGACUCAUGUCAAUGAAGUGGCUAAUGAGAGAAAGCAAGCGUUGAAUGGAGCUCGUCAAGUUCAUCGAUUCGACCAAGAAGCCGAUCAGAUAUUGAAUUGGUUACAAGAUAAGGAAGCGACUGGAGUAGCAAUGGAACAGGAAGAUCUUUCGAGAGCUGAUCUUGCUUCCGUGAAAGCCCAAUUGCAAAGACAUGAUGAGUUCAUGCACGGAAUGAAGGCUGUUGAAAAACAAGUUGCAGAGCUUUGCCAUGAAGCUGAAAGACUAUGGAACUCGUUCCCAGAUACUCGGCACCAUCUUGAAGUUCGCCGUCUAGACAUGGAAGAGCAACUCAAAGACAUUCUGGAAGCAGCCAAGAAGCACUUGGAAAAACUUCGACACAUGCAAAGUCUUCAGUCAUACUUCCAAGAGUACCGUGAGAUGAUGCAGUGGAUGAAGAACAUGCAGUCGACAAUGACAUCUGAGCAAUUGCCACGCGAUGUUGCUUCAUGCGAAUCUCUUGUUCGUCGUCAUGAUGAAUACAAUCUUGAGAUGCAAGGACGAAAACCAUUUGUCGAUGAUUUUGCUCGUCAAGGAAGACGCAUGAUUCAAUCCAGCCAUGUUCUUUCUCAAGAAAUUCAAGAGAAAGUAGACAUUCUCGAAAAGUCGUGGGCAAUGCUGUGCGAAAUCUGGAAAGAUCGUGCUGAACUCUAUGAAGAGAAUAUGGACGUGCAAAAAUGGAAGCAGAACGCUGAACAACUCGAUUCAUGGCUUGAAGAGCGUGCUGGUCUUCUCGGAGACGACUGGAGAAUGGUGGAUUCUGUCGAAAUGGCUGAAACUCAUCUUCGCGAUUUUGAUGAUUUCCUUGUAACUCUUGAAGCUCAGAGCGAGAAAUGCGAUAUGGUGAAACGUUUGACUCUUGUUGAACAAAACUUCAGUCGUUUGAGAAGCAAGGAAAUUGAUCGUGCGAGAAUUGCUGAAGAUGAUCAGAAAAGACGAGAUACGAUUAAGAUUGUUGAGAAAGGAAACAUUUUGGCUAAUCGUAGACAGGAGAGAGAACGAAGAAAGACUCAGGAAAUCUCUCUUCUGCGUCCUUCGCCAUCUGGAGAAGAAUUUUCGACGCAUACCAUGCCAAGAAAGGAAAGGAAGGAUCGUGCAAAGACUACCGCUGAUUUGGCUCCAGGAGCCAUUCAAAUCGGUGACAUUCUCGCAUCCUCUUCUACAGUUGCCCCACUUCAGUCAGGAGUUGAAAUGACCAAAACACCAUCGUUCAAUACUCGUCGUACUCAAUCAAUCCGCAAAGGAAGUCGCUGGGAAGAUAUGGGUGCUAUUGACAUGAAAGGAUUUUUCGACCGUAAACAAUGCCAACAAAGUGGUGGAAAACGAGCAACUAUUCGUUCAUGGAAAAAUUAUUAUGGAAUUCUCUGCGGACAGCUUUUAUGCUUUUUCAAAGAUGAGCAACAGUUCCUUGAGAAUGUAGCCGCUGCUCCACCAGUCUACAUCUAUGGAGCACAAUGCGAACAGUAUCCAGAAUAUGCCAAGCGCAAGAAUUCCUUCCGUCUUCUUCUCCAAGACGGUUCAGAGUUCAUAUUCUCGUGUCCCGAUGAGCGUCAAAUGCUGGAAUGGGUUGCCAAAAUCAAAUUUCAUGCUCAUUUGACUCCAAGUAAUCAGCUCAAGUCGUAUGCGUACAACGACGAUCUCUUCCAAAGUCCAGAUCAACCACCAAUGGUAGCACCAAGAAGAAAUAUUGGAGGACAUGACGUUGCAAAUCGUAUGUCUCACGCCAGCUCUGUUUUCACUACUUCCGACGAUUUGGAACAGCAUGAACUUGACUAUUCAAGAAGGUGUAGUUCAUUACCACGUGGCAAGCAUAGUGGGCAGAUCACGAUGCGUGACUGUGCCACAUUACCACGUGGAUUUGGGUCUGAUGUGAUGGAGCAGCAACCGACAGCUUUCUUCCCUCCGUCUGGUCCAUUGCUUGCAACUCCUUCGGUGCUCACAAUGUCAUCCUCGUCGAUGACGGCUAAUGUUAUGCCGACAGUUGUAACUCGCAAAAUUGGAGUUGUUCGAAGAGCCAGUCGACGACAAUCUGUUUAUGCAGAAAGCAUCUACGGAGAAGUAGAACAAGCGAUUGCUGAAGCAAAUCGUGUUUCUACCAGUCGCCCAAAUGGAGAUCAUGCUGAACUUCGUCACACAAUUCAAGUUCAUCCAGGAAGCUCUGGAUAUACGGAAACCCUCAUGUACAAAGAACACACAUCAUCCAACUAUCAACCAAUGGAACGAUCUGUCUCACCAAGAAACCAACAAAAUGGCGAAUUCAUUACUUGGGUAGAGAGCAAUCAACAAAAUCAGCCGAUGAAUACUCCAGACGGCAGAUCUACAUCUGCCAGUGUUGUAUCAACACCAUCAAAUUAUGAUGAUAGUGAUUCCAUCAAGUCAUCAUCGAAACGAAAAGGAUUCGGAUCGUUAUUCAAGCGUGGAUCCAAACAUUCAAAGUAGAUACCUCACCACACGCUGAUCUUCAUAUCUUCUGUAGGCGAAGAUUGAAACAGCUGCAGUAUACGUUUUAUAUUUUUAUUAUUUACAUUGAUGGCCCUAAGCUGUUUUAUUCUCAUUUUCUCUUUCUAAUUAUCAUUCAUCAUCCCCAUCCCGUCACAAAACCCAUACAAUAGUAUUAUUUGUUAUUAAUGCACUUAGAUACAUUUUUUGAUCAGCUUCUCUCUUGUUUUACUAUCACCAAAGCUGGAAGACUUAAUUUAUUUUGCCUCCCCAAUAAUUUACCACUUUUUUUUGUUUUAAUGUUAUUUUUAUCAGUCCCAAUUCGGAAAAGGAUAAUGAGAAGCCCGAACUCUGACUCCUUUCUUCCUAAUCACGGGAUAAACUCACCUUUCACUCUGAAUUCGUGACGACUUUCAAUGUGCUAAAAAUGGCCUUAUUGAUGUGCAUAAAACGUGUAUUUUAUGAAGGGCUUGUUUACUUUA